AUGGAAAUCAAUCAAUUUCUUAACUAUCACAAUUGUGUCAAUCAAAACAAUUUGAUAUCAAAUUAUAAUUUCAAUUUCUAUAGUCCUUCGCUGCUGGUCUGUCCAACAUCACUAAACAACCAAGUUACUGUGAAAAGAAGAAGAGGACGUCCACCCAAAGAAGAAAAGAAACAUAGAACCUGUGCAAGAUGUGGAACUUCAGAUACCUCCGAAUGGAGAAAGCCCAACAACGAGUUCCUAUGUUAUAUAAAAAUUACCGAUUAG